UUAACGCAGGUUCCUGCCAUUCAGCAGAAAAGAACUGUAGCAUUUCUAAACCAGUUUGUGGUUCACACAGUGCAGUUUCUCAACCGCUUUUCUACUGUUUGUGAAGAGAAAUUGUCAGCGCUCUCUCUCCGUAUACAACAAAUUGAAACAACACUCAAUAUUUUGGAUGCAAAGUUAUCCUCUAUUCCUGGCCUAGAAGAUGUCAAAUUUGAAGUGUCCAGUGCAAAUAUGAAUAGUGUUACAAAUGGUCCUGUGGCCCAAGCUACUACGGAUCAACAGACAGCUGUAUCACCUCAGUCUGGAAACAAUGUACAUGAAGACGGGUUACAGAAAACAGAGGUAGUAACAGAAAAUGUCAGAACUGUGGCCAAGGAUCCAAGAUAUGCCAGAUAUCUCAAAAUGGUACAAGUGGGUGUUCCUGUAAUGGCAAUACGAAACAAAAUGAUUUCUGAAGGGCUAAAUCCAGAUCUUCUCGAGACCCCAGAUGCCCCUGUGCCUGCCUGGGGAGACGAUGGGAAAGCAGAAGACAGUUCUGAUAGUGAAUCUUCGUUUAGUGACUGAAGAGACUGAUUUUGGCGUUUGGAAACCUCUAUUAAAUGCUGAUGUGUUUGGAGCUUUAGCAGACAAUGGUUUUGUGUGGGUCACACGGGCGACGUGAUUUAUCUUGACAGCAUUUGUAAGAACUAAGAUCUUGCGUGUUCUCUCUCAGAAAGUUUGAACAGGCAGCGUGUUUUGACCUGAACCUUUCCACCAUGAAAAUUAAUCGUGAGAUCCUUGCAAUUUUUAUGCUGCAUCGUUUCAGAUUCCUUUCCGAUUCUUCUGAAAUUACUUUGUAAAGCUCUACAAAUUCCCUACCUCUAAACCUCCAGGUCUCUAAGACUGCAUUCUGGCCAUUACUGGAUUU